AUGCGUCAUGGCUACGGCGUCCGUCAGAGCGUCCCGUAUGGCAUGGCGGCCGUCAUCCGCUCCCCUCUACGCACCUCCAUAAACUCCCUCCGCUCUGGUUCGGAGCACAGUAACGGUACGGCUCUGCUGGACCGUACAGGGGUGCUGGUUCCUGGUCCUGCUACGGUUCCGGGAACUCUGACCACCAGCGUGUCCAUGUGCAGCACGGGCAGCAGCGGCAGCAGCCCAGCGGUGUGCCGGGGAGGGUUCGUGCUGACAGCACACAGCGAGGCCGAGCUGCUGAAGGGGAAGAGGAAAGGAGGCCUGUUUCGGAGGUCCAUCCUGUCCGGUCUCAAGCUGAGAAAGUCUGAGUCCAGGAGUUCCCUGGCCUCGCAGAGGUCCAAGCAGAGCUCGUUCAGGAGCGAGGCUGGGAUGAGCACCGUGUCGUCUGCAGCGUCUGACAUCAACUCCACCAUCAGUCUUGGCGAUGCAGACGCAGAGCUGGCCGUAGCCGACGAUGACGUGGACGCCACGGCGACAGAGACGUACUGCGGGGAGUGGAAGAACGACAAACGUACCGGGUUCGGCGUGAGCCGGCGGUCCGACGGGCUGCAGUACGAGGGGGAGUGGCUGAGCAACAAGCGCCACGGCUACGGCUGCACCACGUUCCCCAACGGCACCAAGGAGGAGGGGAAGUACAAGCAGAACGUCCUGGUGAGCGGCAAAAGGAAGAACCUGAUCCCGCUCAGGGCCAGCAAGAUCAGGGAGAAGGUGGACCGGGCCGUGGAAGCUGCGCAGAAGGCGGCGGAGAUCGCCCGGCAGAAGGCUGAGAUCGCCCUGUCCAGGACGGCUCACGCCCAGGGGAAGGCAGAGGCGGCGGUGGGAGCGGCUCAGAAAGCCCAGGAGGAGAGUCGCAUGGCCAGGGUGACCGCCAAGCAGUUCUCCCCAUCCUUCCAGCACCCUGGAAACGGGAUGGAGGUGCAGCGUCCCAAACAUCAGGUGUCCAGUGAAGCAGAGUGCGAGGGGUUAUCGAGUAGUGCUGGAACAGCUGAAAGCCCGGAUCUGUACAUGAAGAGUGCUGGUUCUGAUGAUCCUUCUAACGAUGCCGCCACCCCAGACCUCAGCCCUCCUUCCUCCUCACCCCCUCACACACCGCCUCCUCCUGCCCGGCCGUCCCAACGCAGCAAGAGCGCCCGCUUCCACCGUCAGAGCGCCGUGGACCAUGGAGACAGGGGGAAGGAAGGAGGAGAGAGGAGCGAGAAAGGCGGGGGAGGAGGGGAGACGGAGAUCCAGGUGCUGAUGGAGGGUGGAAGCGAGGGAGGAGUAAAAGAGGAGUGUCCACGUGCCAACAACUGGAGCGAGGACAGAAGGAAGGGGAUGUUGUCAAAAGGAAGGGGCGGGGUCAGCGGGCAAGGGGUAAACCGGACCAACGGACACAAACACAGCUCCUCCAAUCACAAAUCACGGGAGCACGGCUCCUCCAAUCACAGACAGCCUAGAGGGGACAGGUGGACUGAAUCGUCUUCAUCUGCCACGUGGACGUCCGGGCACAGGGGCGUACACAGCAGGGGGGGGCAGCUGCUGGAGCAGGAUGAGGAGAAAAUUAGCAACUACGAGAUGGAGAUGAAGCCUUUACAGCCCAGAGACUCCACUACCCACAAACCCCAUGGGCACGUGGAGGAGACGCAGGGACACGCCCAUGGAGAGGGGCGUUCCCACGCCACGCAGCGACAGAGGCAUAAGAACCGGGACACGAGGGAUGGGGGGAAAGACUUGGUGCACAAACUGGACAGAUCGGGGGAUAAAAUGGAAACACGUCCUCUGCGACGGAACCUCACUCUCUCCCCCCCUCUGAGAUCCUCCCCCAUCACACCGGAGCAGCAAGACCUGAGCGUCACACCGAGCAAAGGCAACUCGACCUACAGCUCCAUCCUGGUCGUCAUGGUGAUCCUGCUCAACAUUGGAGUGGCUAUUUUGUUUAUCCACUUUUUUAUUUAAAGAGCUUUCAGAGUCAACCUACCUAUGCUAGAGAAACUAUCAGUUCUUACGAGUCUUGCAGCGGAUCUGCUGGCCCUCUGGGUUCCGACCGAGCGGAGACCGGUUACUGAGGGGGGGACCGGGACCGAGAGGAGACCAGGACCGAGCGAGGCUGCACCAUCACCCAGGCUAAUGGUGUCUAACUGAGCUUGGUCCGGUCCAUGCUGAGCCCAAAGAAGCGGACAGAAAGUUGGUAAAGUGUCCAAACAGCUGGACUACAGGGAGAUUAUGAAGUCCAGAAACUGGACAUUGAGGGAGCUUUAACAGCUCACAUCCA